UAUACAUAGGUGGGGGAAUUCGUACUAAUACAGUUUUUCCUUUUCUUCUUUCUCUAUCUCCGUGGACGUCAGAGAGUUUUCCUGACUCCAUAAGAGCCGGCUACCAAAGGGUUGAAAUUAUCAUUAAUAACGACCCAGAACAUCUACAGGAAAAUUCAUAAAAUGUCUUACGGUAACAAGUCAGUGGGUGGUGCUGGCGGCUUCAGGGGCCGCGAGAACGGAUUUUCCGGAGGAGACGGCUUCAAAAACGGUAGUUCCGGCGGAAGCUUCAGGAACAGCAGUUCUGGAGGUGGCUUCAGAAAUGGCAGUUCUGGAGGAGGUUUCAGGAAUGGAAAUUCAGGAGGGGGCUAUAGAAACGGUGGAGGUGCCGGAUAUGGUGGAGAUAAGUUUGGUGAUUUUAAUGGACAAGGGUUGCGCAAAGUCGAGUGGGGCAGAAAGUCUUUGCAGCCCAUCAAGAAAGAUUUUUAUGUGCCCCAUCAGUCUAUAGCAAACCGAUCUGCAUUUGAAGUAGAACAGUAUCGUAAUUCUAAAGAAAUCACAGUCGAUUCCAAUGCUCCUAACCCUAUUCAGAAUUUCAAUGAGGCCUGUUUUCCUGAUUAUGUGAUGAAUGAAAUUCGUAAUCAAGGAUACGAAGCCCCUACUGCCAUUCAGGCUCAGGGUUGGCCAAUAGCAAUGAGUGGUCAUGAUAUGGUUGGCAUUGCUCAAACAGGAUCCGGUAAAACUUUGGGAUACAUCCUUCCAGCUAUAGUACACAUCAAUAACCAAGCUCCUUUAAGUCGAGGCGAUGGACCAAUCGCUCUGAUUCUAGCACCAACUCGAGAACUUGCCCAGCAGAUACAGCAGGUAGCGAAUGACUUUGGUAGCUCGUCUUAUGUAAGGAACACCUGUAUUUUCGGUGGAGCACCGAAAGGACCCCAGGCUCGGGAUUUAGAAAGAGGAGUAGAAAUCUGUAUUGCUACACCUGGUAGACUUAUCGAUUUCUUGUCGAAAGGCACAACAAAUUUGGAGAGGUGUACUUAUUUAGUUUUGGACGAGGCUGAUAGAAUGUUGGACAUGGGUUUUGAGCCUCAAAUACGUAAAAUCCUCGGACAGGUUCGACCUGAUAGACAAACUCUCAUGUGGUCUGCAACAUGGCCCAAGGAAGUGAAGAAACUAGCUGCCGAUUUCAUGACUAACCCCGUUCACCUCAAUAUUGGAUCGAUGAAUCUCUCUGCAAAUCACAAUAUCCUGCAGAUUGUUGAUGUAUGCCAGGAACAUGAAAAAGAACAAAAAUUAGGCACCCUUUUGCAAGAAAUUGGAACAAAUGGUGAACCAGACUCUAAAAUUAUCAUCUUUGUGGAAACGAAGAGGAAAGUAGAAGGAAUCACAAAAUCUAUACGUAGGUACGGUUGGCCUGCAGUUGCCAUGCACGGUGAUAAAUCUCAACAAGAAAGAGAUUAUGUAUUAAGGGAGUUUAGGAAUGGCAAAGCUACCAUUCUGGUUGCUACUGAUGUUGCAGCUAGGGGAUUAG